AAGAAUAUAUAAAGCGAUGAAGACUGUUGGAAUACAUCAGUCUACUUAAAAAUAUUUCUAUUGUAAACUCCAAGCAAGAAUAUUGAGUUGAAAAAAUGUUUACUCCAUUUUUCAUUGGGAUCGUUAUUUCUCAGUUUCUAAUUGUGAAUAUCGUGGCACCUCCAACUAAACCCAAUUCUUCGAAAUACGUACAAAGAUUACCGCAACAUAGAAGGAUAUAUUUUGAACGCGACUUCAGUCAGCUUCCUGAUUAUGAUUCCAUUGAACUAAAAAGGAAUAUCCGCGUACAUAGUGAUUCAAAAUUAAAGCCAAACGUGGAAAAAGAGGAACAGAAAGUGCAAAAUGAUUCGAAGUUAAAAAUGGAGGUGGGGACACAGGAUGAAAAAGUGGGAACUUCUCCACAGCUUGAUACCAGCCCCAGAUCAUCCCCAGAAAGUUCCAUACCAUACACUCCAAUUUCCAUUCCAAAAGUCGACAGUCCGAGAUCAAUUGCAAGUCCCAAAGGAGAUAUCCCAAAGCCACAAAGUCCCAAACCGAAUAGUCCGAAAGUAGUGCAAAAGCAAAAGUCAAUUUCGAAGGGAGAAAGUUCGAAGACUGAAAGUUCAAAGCCGGAUAGUAGCGCUACACAAGACAAUCAAAAACCAGUUUUAUACUGGAGACCGAACUUCAGAUCGAAAUCUAUUAACAACUGGAAACCAACUUAAAUAGAAUCAUUUAAACUCAAAUAAAUUAUUCUGGCUUCAGUGAACAUACAAAUGCAA